GACGUCUUUACGUUCCAUGUCAGUUUUAUGACAGCUAUCCGAAAAAAUCCCAACUCCGGAAUGUGUUUGUCGGUGGAUGUCGGUGGCCAGAGUAAAUGCUAUGCGAUCGCAAUAUGUGCAUUCUUUUAUGGAUUAUUGGAUAUUUCGGUAAAGAGCUACUGUCUCGUCAAUGCCGAAUCCGAACCAUUUAUAAUCAUUGGACUCUCGGCUUGGCUUCCGAUUCUUUUAGCCGCCAGUAUCCUGUUAUUGGGCGCCUGCCAGGAGAGUCGUAUGCUGGUGCAGAUGUCGAUCGUGGUGGCUGUGUGUGGUGGUUGCUUAUGGAUAAUUUCGAGCAUAGGGAUGCUCAUUAAUACAUUGGCGCAAAAAGAUAUUUUAAUUGAAACAGUGAUGCAAACUAUUUCCCUUUUACUUUUCAUCGGUCUGAUCGGGUUUCUCGUAUAUUUUCCAUAUAGGUAUUUGAAGGAACUGGAAAGAUAAGCUCAACAAAAAACUGCUUUUUUUGGUUAAUUUGGAAUAAGUCACAAUACCUCGGAGUUAUCCAAAUGGCAAUGGUAAAAUUUGCAUAAAAUAACAAUAGACGACAACAAAUCAAAUGCGAAUAGACAGACACAGACACAGACCCAGGCUUCGGCUUCGCCCUCGGCGGUGGCACCCUGUAGUAAGGCAGCCGCAAAUAGAAAGUGAAAAUCAAAUACGAAAUGCUACCGUUUAUUUUUGUAUUUUGUAUUUUCCCCCAUUUUCGUACUGUGUUUAUUUGUCGAGCGCCUAAUUUAAAUAAACAUUUAUUUGUACAAAGGCCUUAA